AUGGAUGACGCACCGGAUAACCCGGAGUCGCCGGAACCUGCGGAACCUUUCGACUUCUUGGAUCUUCCCCUUCUAGCUCAAGAAGAAAUCUUGGCAAAUGUCGGCUUGAUAGAGCGGGCUCGAAUUUGCCAGACCUCGAAGUAUAUGCAUCAUAUGAUCGAACAACAUGGGUGUCUGCCAGAAAAGAUGAUUCGUGCUCACGUAGAGGCUAGGGCUGAUGAGUUGCGUGUUAGUCUCUACGACGAAUAUCGUGAUCGAUACAUUGCUAUCCUCGACAAGAACUCCUUCAAAUUUAAGAUGGGGCUUGAAUCGACAAAAGUUUGGGAGGACAAGCCGAGCUAUGAAACGGCUAACCGGAUGUUGAAGCAUGUUCGACCACGUUUUACGUAUUUCACAAAUUAUGUCGAUGAUAUGCCGCCCGAGCCUUUGACGAAAUUCGACCUAGUGCGACAAUCGAUAUGCGUAUCGCUGAGUUUUAUCUGCCUGGGAAGUCUGCUGGAACGGAUGCGCGAGCGAGGGUUUUACAAAACUGAAGUGCUGAAUUUCGUGUGGAUUCGGAACGGGCGUUCUUGUUUUAAUACAGCCCCUUGUAAAGACUGCGUGGGAGGCUAUGAGCAGCUACUUGAAUACUUGCCACAAUGUCGGAAGAUCUAUCUGCGUUCUCGGGUGGAGAUUGAUGAAGGACCGGUGGUGUUGGGGCCACGUUUUAUGUGUCCCUGGAAGCCAACGGAAGACAGCAUUUUGAAUAUUCUAUUGUUGCGCAAAAAAGAAGUUCUCUUCCAACCAAAACCCCGAUUAGUCGCUAUCGAUUUGGAAAAUUGCGAUAUUGAAGGGCUCUUCAGGAUUAUCGAAAAGUUGGAGUUUGUCGGGGACCCGGUCUACACAAAAGAAGAAAACAUGUACAUCUAUGUCCUCUGUCGCAGCACUUAUGGCUACAACGCAUUCAUUAUUAUUCAGAAUUUCGAGCUUUGCUACAUCGGACAUCACUAUCUAAAUUAUGAACAUAUGCUGUCAGAGCUGCGGGACACAAAUCGACGAUAUCCAGUCGUUUGCCGCCCAAAA